AUGAUACCAGAAAACGUUUUAACCAAGUUGAGAUAUCGCGAUUAUUGGGAGAAACCAUACGUUCUUUGGAGAGAUGCAGAUGCAUGGAACCGUUACUUCCUCAAAAAGCACCCGGAAGCAACGGUGCAUAUGUCUCAUGAUGCUUUGGCAUCGGAGCUGGAAACGUUGAUUAAAGACUUAAAACGUGGAACUGAAGAACGAAAGAAAGCGCAGUCAAUAAGAAGUGAACUUAAGAAUUCAACAAAAAGAAAACAAAAGCAAAACGAUAAAGAGAAUUUGCCGAAAAAAAAUUCCAAAUCGGCAAUUCGAGAGCAGAAGCUUCGGGAUCAAAUAACCGAAUUACAAAAGAAGAUCAGUCCUGCAUAUG